GUCAUUCACUUCUUCUGCCCCACUCUUUUGCCUUUAUGCCAACUUUUUCCUCUCUUGUGGCCCCAACCCCUUCACCUCCAAUUCCAAAUACCCUUCUCUCUCUUUCUCUCUCUCUAUUUAUUAUCCUACAAACAAAGAGUGCCAAAACAGACACUGAUAGAGUUAUCUAACGUCUCAUCCCCACACUAGAGAGAACCAGAAAGCAUUCAACAACACCUUCACAAACUCAGACUGAGAGAAGCAUGGGGAAUCACAGGUUUAGAUUAUCAGAUAUGAUUCCAAAUGCUUGGUUUUACAAGCUGAGAGAUAUGGGGAAGGGAAGAAAGCAAAACACCACUCUCUCUGGGAAAAAGAAGCAAACUUCAAUCACUUCAACCGCUUCAACCACACAUUCAUCAAAACCAAACCAACCCCUUCACCAAUACAGCAACAACAACAACAACAACCCCAGAAAGUCCUACUACAUCACAAGAGACCUCAAAAACUCACCCUCAAACACCCCGAAAUUUUCCCCUCCCAGAAAAUCAACCAAACAAAGAACCAAAAGAAGAGCUCCAAGAACCUCAAAACUUGUCUCCUCGGGUUGCAGCUGUCGCAGCACCCUUGAAUCCAUGUGGACCAAAUCAGAUUCACCGCUGGAACACUCUUCCUCAUCCCCAUUUGACUCCUCACCCGAGUCAGACUCCCCAGAAUUCAGAACAGACCGUGUUCUCCCGUGUUCUUCAUCGUUCGAUGAAAUGGUUUCCUUGUCAACCACCUCUUGCGCCUCUUGCAGGCUUAACACCAACAAAAACAACCACCCCACCAACGACAUCAUCAUCGACGUCGAUAAAAACUCCAUACCAAGAAAGGAUAACAAGCUUGAUGGCUACUACAGUUACCACAACGACGACGACAACAAAAACAGCCAUAACAACAACGACUAUGAUGACACCUUCUCAGAACUUGAGCUUCCUCCGAUCAUAACCAAGCAACCCAAGUUGUUAAAGAAGAGAGAACUGAAACAAGGGUCGUUGAAGGUGAGAAUUGUGAAGGAAGAGUCUGCAAUGAAGGAACAGAGGAACAGUGGUUCUGUGAGGCGGUUGUCUGUGAAUUCUCCGGGGAUGAGGUUGAGGGUCCACUCGCCCAAAAUCGCCGCCUGGAAGGGGCGGAAAAGUGUGUCGUCGACGGCGAGUUCCGGCUCCCGGAGAAGCCUCUCGGAGAGUUUUGCGGUGGUGAAGUCUUCUUUUGACCCACAGAAGGAUUUCAGGGAGUCGAUGGUCGAGAUGAUUGUGGAGAACAACAUAAGGGCAUCGAAGGACUUGGAGGAUCUACUUGCUUGCUACCUUUCUCUCAAUUCAGAUCAGUAUCACGACCUCAUCAUCAAAGUCUUCAAGCAAAUUUGGUUUGAUUUGACUCAACCAAGGUAAUAAUAAUGCUAAAGAUGCUAAAUUACAGUCUCUCAUCAAGGUUUCAAGCAGUCACAAUCUCAUCAAAUGCAGACAAACACAGUAGAAAUCACAGUCACAAUAUAUUUAUCAAGAGCUUAAAAUCUUGACUCUGCAACCAAAAUCUUAGCUACUGUUUCUUAAAACAUCGGCUGCAACUUCAAUUCUAUGCAAAAUAUGGUUUAAAAUUAUGGCUGAUGCAGCUGUAAGGUUUUCAAAAUUGCAAGGUUAAGUUUCACUUCUGGUUUGGAGUGGACAAAAUUCUUAGUUAGUUUAUAGACUUUUAAUUUCUCACAUAAAUUUUUAUCUCUGUAAUUAUGCAUGUAAUAUAUUAUGGUAAUCAAGUUGAACAGACUGUGGUGUUAAGCCAAACGAACAUUUGAUUAUGGAAGUCUGAAGAAAAGUUUACAAAGUCUCUCUGUCUUCGGUUUCAAAGGGUGUCUUUCUUAUCUCAUUUUUUUUUUUUUCUUGGGAAGGAAUUGUUAAUGAUGAAUGUAAUGGGAAAUUUCUGUGCUUUGGCUUGAUCCGUGGGAAAACAAAAGGGGUUUGGCGAA